GUCUCAAACGUUGGUUCCAGCUUUAGCAUUCCCGGUGAGGUAUGUCUGCAAAACUCUAUAUUAUUGUCUUGCUUGCUCAAUGCGUGAGACUCUCAUCAAAACUUUUAAAAGCCCUAACCCUAAUGUUUUAAUUGUAAACUUUAUUGGGCUUAUUUAGGGUUGGGUUUAAAAAUAAAGGGUUUUACAAGGGCUGAGCCCUAUUAGUCAUUAAUUUUUUUUAAAGCUAAAAAAAUCUCAUCUUCUUCGUUCUUGUCGCCGACACUCGAGAGUCGAAGGUUUCAAUUAACAUCUCAUCUUCUUCUUCGAUCCCGUCGACGAGGAUUUCAACAUCUCAGCCUCUUUCUUCGAUCUCGCCGACGAACUACACCGUGGGUUUCAACAUCUCAGACUCUUUCUUCGAUCUCGACACUCGACGGUUUCAACAUCUCAGUUUGAAACCGACCCAAUACCCGAAACUUCAGCCCUAACCAAAGCGAAUCUUCCAAGAAUAUACUAGGCCAUUAAAAGCCCAUUAAAAAGCUUCAGCUCUUAUAAGGCCCAACUAUAUUCUGCUUCACCUCUAGUUAAAGUGGCGGGACGCCGACGACGGAAGGGUAAAAGAAACACACCGUUGUAAAGUCGGAGAACCAAUGGAAAGUGAAGCGAUUGAGGACGAGCUUCAAAGCUUAGAGCUCGAGAUUAAGGAUGUUCAAGGUCAGAUAAGUGCUUUGAUAGAGCAUCAAGAAAGGUUAUACGAGAGAAAGUCUGAGUUAAAGACAUUGUUAAAAGCAGUUGCAGCUUCAGGAACCCCUGUUGCAUCAUCGUCUUGCCCUGAUGGGCAUGGCUCGACUGCUGUAGAGAAGAAUUGGUCCGAACCAUUCGAGUGGGAUUCACGUGCUGAUGGCAUUAGGUUUAACAUUUUUGGUAUAUCCAAAUACAGAGCUAACCAGAGAGAAAUAAUUAACGCUACAAUGGCGGGAAGAGAUGUCCUUGUGAUCAUGGCAGCAGGUGGUGGGAAGAGUCUUUGCUAUCAGCUUCCUGCUUUACUUCGUGGUGGUACAACUCUUGUUGUCAGCCCUUUACUUUCGCUCAUCCAGGAUCAGGUUAUGGGUUUGGCUGCUCUUGGGAUUUCAGCUUACAUGCUGACUUCUACUUCUGGCAAGGAUAAUGAGAAGUUUGUGUACAAGGCACUUGAAAAGGGUGAAGAUGAUCUUAAGAUACUCUAUGUAACACCUGAAAAGGUAUCAAAGAGUAAAAGAUUCAUGUCGAAGCUUGAAAAGUGUCACAAUGCUGGUCGCCUCUCUCUUAUUUCAAUUGAUGAGGCUCAUUGUUGUAGCCAGUGGGGUCACGACUUUCGCCCUGAUUACAAGAACUUAAGCAUUCUAAAAACUCAGUUUCCCAAAGUUCCCAUGGUGGCUUUGACCGCAACUGCUACACAGAAGGUUCAGAAUGAUCUGAUAGAGAUGCUGCAUAUUCCUAAAUGCGUCAAAUUUGUUAGCAGUGUUAACAGGCCAAAUCUCUUUUACUCGGUGCGAGAAAAGUCGCUGGUUGGUAAAGCUGUGGUUGAUGAGAUCGCUGAGUUCAUACGGGAAUCAUAUUCUAACAAUGAAUCUGGAAUAGUGUAUUGUUUCUCUCGGAAGGAGUGUGAACAGAUUGCAGGAGAACUACGAGAAAGAGGGAUCUCUGCUGAUUAUUACCACGCAGAAAUGGAUGUAAAUAUGCGGGAAAAAGUUCAUAUGCGAUGGAGUAAGAACAAGUUGCAGGUCAUUGUUGGAACAGUUGCCUUCGGCAUGGGAAUCAACAAACCUGAUGUCAGGUUUGUCAUCCACCACAGUUUGAGCAAAUCAAUGGAGACUUACUAUCAGGAGAGUGGCCGUGCUGGUCGUGAUGGCCUUCCAUCUGAGUGCGUUCUCUUUUUCCGUUCGGGUGACGUUCCCAGGCAGAGUUCCAUGGUCUUCUACGAGUAUUCUGGUCUGCAGAACCUCUAUGAUAUAGUACGAUACUGUCAGUCGAAAACAAAAUGUCGUCGAAGUGCCUUUUUCCGUCAUUUUGGAGAGCCAUCACAAGAUUGCAACGGAAUGUGCGAUAACUGUGCCUUGUCAAGUGAGGUCAAGGAAGUUGAUGUAUCGGACCUAGCUAAGCUCGUAGUUUCUAUGGUGCAAGAAAUGCAAGCUAAGGAUCAAAGAGUGACAAUGUUACAGCUGGGUGACAAACUGAGAACCAAGCACAAGGAUCUAAGUGCUGAGCUAAAGAGAGAAGAGAUAGAGCAUCUCGUGAUAAAACUGAUUGUUGACUCGGUAUUGAAAGAAGAAUUCCAGCACACACCAUACUCGACCAACGCUUAUGUAACAAUUGGACCGUUGGCAAACCAAUUGUUGCAAGGAAGAAAGACGAUAAAAACGGAAACCUCAAGCAGACAAAUGAACAAAAAAUCGAAAAGAAGUAGUUCAUUUUCUGGAUUAGAAUCCAAGCUUGAUGAGCUAAGGAAAGAGAUAUCUGCAGCUCAUGGAAGCAUGCUCCCUCACACGGUCCUCUCAACACAGCAGAUUGGGUUGAUAAGUUCCCAAAAACCGGAUUCCUUACAAGAGUUGGAGAGUAUUAUAGGAAAACUAAAAACAGACAAGUACGGAGACAAGAUUCUAGAAGUGAUGAAGCAAUGUGCAGUCUCUGAACAACUUGUUGAAGAUGCAACAAAGGAGGAUACAUGUAAAAGCAGAUCAAGUAAGAGAGCUAAGACACAGAAGGCUGUUGUUUUGUUAGAAAGCAGCGAAGAAGAAUGAAUCCGAUUUGGAAGAAGAAGAAUGAAUCCGAUUUAGGUCUUCAUCAUACCGGUAGACACCAUUCUUUAUGUCAGAAAUUAACGCUGAUUUGGAUUAUAAAAAAUAAGUUUUAGCUGAGUGAAUCUAUGCAUUCACUAUGUACUAGGAAUUAACGUUUAAGAGAUGCUUAGUCGAUUGAUAUACAAUUA